AUGUUCCUUCCAACUAGAUCGGAUCUUCAAUCUGUUCUUUUUGAAAUAAUUGCUGAAUAUCGUCAAGACACAAAACCAUUCUGUAGCAUUAAAGAAAUAAGCAAGCAUAAUGAGGAAGAAGAAGUCCUUUUCUCUAUCGGAAGUAUAUUUCGAAUUGAAUCAGUUGAUAACUUCAGCAACGGAGUCACGAAGAUAAGCUUGACAUUGACUACAAAAGAGGAUGAACAGCUGAAGCAAUUAAGACAACACAUUCGCAUGGAAUUCGGAGAAGAGUUAAACCUGAACGCCCUCGGUUUACUCAUGAUAAACAUGGGAGAAUGUCAGUACGCUAAACAAUAUUUCACAACAUCAAUUCAAAAACACCAGCUAGCACACCCUGCUAUUUCACAAAACUACUAUUAUAUCGGACUAGUUCACGCCAAGAACGGUGAAUACGAUAAAGCAUUAGAGAAUUAUGAAAGGACACUUGAAAUUGAACUCAGAUCAUUGCCAUCCAAUCAUCCAUCAUUAGCAACUACAUAUAAUAAUAUUGGAUCAGUUCACGAUGAGAAAGGUGAAUACGAUAAAGCAUUAGAGAAUUAUGAAAGGACACUUGAAAUUGAACUCAGAUCAUUGCCAUCCAAUCAUCCAUCAUUAGCAACUACAUAUAAUAAUAUUGGAUUAGUUCACGGUGAGAAAGGUGAAUACGAUAAAGCAUUAGAGAAUUAUGAAAGGACACUUAAAAUUCAACUCAGGUCAUUGCCAUCCAAUCAUCCAUCAUUAGCAACUACAUAUAAUAAUAUCGGAUCAGCUUUAAAGGCAAAAGGUGAAUACGAUAAAGCAUUAGAGAAUUAUGAAAGGACACUUGAAAUUCAACUCAGGUCGUUGCCAUCCAAUCAUCCAUCAUUAGCAACUACAUAUAAUAAUAUUGGAUUAGUUCACGGUGAGAAAGGUGAAUACGAUAAAGCAUUAGAGAAUUAUGAAAGAACACUUGAAAUUCAACUCAGGUCAUUGCCAUCCAAUCAUCCAUCAUUAGCAACUACAUAUAAUAACAAGUAUCGUUCAUCUUCGAUUCACUGA